AGAGCCCACAGAGACAGAGAGGUCUGUCUUGGGGAGAGCAUUCUAUCACUGCUCCAACGGACUCCUCCUCCUCCUUCUUCUUUUGUGGUGCUCUCUCCCUGUGUGUUUAUAUCUUGCCAGAUCUAGGCAAUCUAAUUGAACUAAGAUAGUUUUUAGGUGUGCAUUUAAGAUUAUGGUGUUCUGGGGUUUGAUAUAGUCUUGUCAUGAUUUCUGGUACCGUGUUCUUCGAGGCAAGUUUUGCUGUCAAAGUUCAACAACUACCCAUGAAAGUCUUAUGUUUAAGGAGUCUUGAUCUCGAGUCUGGAUUUGGUAAGAGCUAUGUGAACAUAGAAAUAUAUAAAUCAAAGUUUUGACAAUUAAAAUUUGACUAGCUUGUUUCCUUGGGAGACUAAGUUGUUUCAAGCUUCCAGAAAACCUAGGGUAUUAAGCUGACAUCCUGAAUCGUUUUCGAUCAGUCAGACGUCUGGAAAGUGUUAUGGCUGUUGCCAAGAGCAGCAGCUUCAAUGAAACGUCAAAGCAGCCGUGUAAUUGCUACAAAGUUGCAAGCUUGAGUGAAACGAUUUUGGAGACUAACCAGACUGCAAAUUUGAGGGAUCAAUACAUUCUUGGAGAGCAAUUGGGUUGGGGUCAAUUUGGUGUUAUCAGGUUGUGCUCAGAUAAGUUGACAAGAGAGGUAUUGGCAUGCAAGUCGAUAUCUAAAGAUAGAUUGGUAACCUCUGAUGAUGCGCAGAGUGUCAAGCUUGAAAUCGAAAUAAUGACUAGGCUAUCAGGGCAUCCAAAUGUUGUGGAUCUCAAGGCUGUUUAUGAGGAUGAAGACCAUGUUCAUUUGGUUAUGGAGCUUUGUGCAGGUGGGGAGCUUUUUCACCGGCUAGAGAAGUAUGGCCGUUUUCCCGAGGUAGAUGCUGGAGUUCUCUUCAGGCAUCUGAUGCAAGUGAUCCUAUAUUGUCAUGAAAUUGGGAUUGUGCAUAGAGAUUUAAAGCCAGAGAAUAUCCUCUUAGCUACAAAAGCGUCAUCAUCACCAAUCAAACUAGCAGAUUUUGGUCUUGCAACAUAUAUUGAGUCUGCAGGGAAGUGUUUGCAUGGGACGGUCGGAAGUCCAUUUUACAUUGCACCUGAGGUUUUGGUUGGGGGAUAUAAUCAGGCUGCUGACAUUUGGAGUGCUGGGGUGAUUCUCUACAUACUUCUUAGCGGGACACCACCAUUUUGGGGUAAAACGAAAUCACGGAUAUUUGAUGCUGUGAGGGCAGCCGAUUUGCAGUUCCCAUCAGAUCCUUGGCAUCACAUUUCUGAUUCUGCAAAGAAUUUAGUCAGGGGAAUGCUCACUACCGAUCCUUCACAAAGGCUCACUGCACUGCAGGUUUUAGAUCAUUCAUGGAUGAAGAAUGAUGAAUCUUGUCAUGAAGAAUCAAGUGAGCUUGUAUACCAAGGCUGCAGAGAGUUGGAGUUUUGUAGUGGCUCAUUUUCCAUGUCCAGGGAUCAGGAUAUCAGCUUCGGUGCCGGAUCUCCAAUCAUUUAUGAUGUUCAGUCACCCACGUUAACACGCAGAACAUCAUUUUCUUCUUCCAUGGUGGAGCCAUCUACGCCUUGCUUCGCAUAUGGUGGAUUUUCUUUUCACGGUAGUAAUUCUGAUGCCUUAGAAUUUCAUUCUGCCAUUCCAUCAAUGCCGAGCUUUGCAUUCUUCAGCCCUAGUUCUGUGGUUGAACAAGAAAGCUGCACAUCAGACUUCUCGACCAACAUUACUCGGAUGGAGAGAUUAGAUGGAGGGUUGGAUAAGCUGCUCGUAUUACCAGAUUCUCAGCUUUGCUGUGGGCCCGAGGCAAGAGAAAAGGAGACCAAGACAGCUGAAUUCGGAAGGACAGCAGGAACGAGCGGUUCUAGGUUGUUGUUGGCCUUCAACAGCAAGAGGAACCACACCAUCGGUCACGGCGAGCGAGAACAACUUGAUUUCAUGGUGUCAGAAUCCGUUAUCCGGUGGGCAUCAUGCACGAAUCUCCCAACCGCCACAUCCCUCAGGUCAUCUCUUGUGUGUUGAGCCGGAGGUUAACAUUUGCGUAAACUGCAUUUCCAUGUCGAAAGUGUUUUAUAGCUAAUUCUUAUUAUAUUAGGUGGUGUUCUGAGUCCAUAUUUCCGCUUCCUUAGUCGGAUUGUUGCUUCUAGCGUUUUAACCGGUAGAUACAAAUAGGUAGAAAGAGAGUAACAAAGUUGUGGUUGCUGCUGGGAUUUUGAUUCAUGUAUAAAGUUUUUCCAGGUUUCAGAUUUUGGUUUGUUUGAACAGUCGAGUGUAAUAUUAUGUAUCAGUUUCCCCUGUUUAUGUUAA